AGUAAACUCAAGUUAAUUAAUAAAAAUUAAUUAAAGUUAUACUAGAAUUACCGUAAAAAGUGCUUUUGGAAAAUGUCGGCAAUAAAUCAAGGAAGACUAUGCACAAUUGCCCUUCUGCUACCAUUCAGUGCCCUUAUUGGCUUUCCAUUGGUCAAAAGUAGACCCACGGAUAAUGAUAAGCCUUAUCUCAUGGAACUAAAGAGUCUCAGAUAUGUUUUACAUAAUAAAGUCAUACCCGGAAUUGAAGAACUUUAUGGACAUAAACAUAAGGAAAUCAGCCUAAGUUCAUUUAAGCGUAGGAAAAUUGAGAGUAUUAAGAGAUAUAUGGAAGAUAGUAGUAUAUCGGAAUUAGAGGCCUUGAAAAUAACCCUUCGACUGACCACUAAAUUUUAUCAAGAAAUAAAACAAAUAAAAGAAAUCGAAUUUGAAAGUUUUAACGUUUACUUUUACGAUAAGCAAAUUGAACGAGAGAAGAUUAUGAAUCGACUAAUACACGGGCUGGAUUUGGUGAAUUCGGAACUUAAUCAAGCUAUCGAGGACAUCUUAGAUUUUUACCCGAAAUAUACCCUAAAACAUAAAAAGAAAUUACUGGAAAUUCAACCGGACUUCUUCGGGAAUAUUAUGGAUAUCGAUUUUAAUUUUAUCGACUUCUUAAAUCGAUUCCUGGAUAUUGCUAUUAAACGCUUCGAAGAUGAAUAAUUUAUACUGUGAUAAAAUAUUAGAUCGGAUAUUUCCAAAUUACUAAUAUUAGGUUUAUGACAAUAAGUUAUUUAUUAUUAGGAACAAAGUCAGUAGUGUGAUUAUUUAAAUAUUAAUUAGUAGUCAUACCAAAAAAUAGUUUAGGCGAGUGUA